UUCACUCUCAGUUUUAUAACCCUAACUUAGUAAGUUUACCAUUUUCCUCUUCCUCUCAAGAAUGUGGCCCGACUGGCUGAGAUCACCGAGCAGGUCACCGAGACAACCACCGCAAGCGGCGGCGCAUCCACCGCCGAGAACAACUUCACCACCGCCAAAAUACUUUUCCUGCUCAUCUUUUAAAGACAUCCAUACCCUUCUCUUAGAAGACCAACCCGACAACAAAUACGGAUCCAUCUCCCUCCACCACCGCCAACAAAACCCGCCCAAUUCCCCUCGGAAACCGUCGAUUUUCCACCGCGUACGGAUCGCCACCUCCCUCCUCCGUAACCACCGCCAGCAAAAUUACGAAAAUACCCUCAACAGCUCAAAAUUACCAAUCAUUUCACCGCCGCCGCCUAACAUAGAUGACCUUCAGAUAAUCCUGUACUUCACUUCACUCCGCAUUGUACGGAAAACGUUUGAAGAUUGCAGGACCGUCAGAUCAAUCUUACGUGGAUGCCGGAUCCCGAUCGACGAACGAGAUUUGUCGAUGGACAGCAAGUAUUUAGAUGAGUUACAGGUGAUUACUGGGUCCAAAAAAGUUAAUUUGCCAUUAGUUUUUAUUGGAGGGAAAUUUAUUGGUGGAGUUGAUGAGGUUAGAGAAUUAAAUGAAAAUGGUGAUCUGAAAAAAAUGAUUAGUGGGUCAUUAUCUUUAAUUAAUGAUAAUAAUAGUAAUACUAAUAAUAAUUGUGAUCUUUGUGGAGGGCUGAGAUUUAUUCUGUGUGAACAGUGUAAUGGUAGCCAUAAGAUCUAUAUGGAGAAAUAUGGGUUUAGAAGCUGUACUUCUUGUAAUGUUAACGGUUUGAUUAGAUGUCCGUUGUGUUUUCCGGUGUACCGGCGACGGACUUCGACUUAGCUUAGAAGAGCUAAAAAUAAUUAUUAAAAUUAGAAUAGUUUUUUUCUUUUUUGAAACAUUUGGUGUGGAAUUAUAGAAAAUUAGGGAUAAAUGAUAAAUCCCAUUAUGGAUUUAAUUGUUAGUUGUGCUUAUGGAAAUGGGAUUUAUUUAUUUAGGUGUUUUAAA